UCUCUGGCGCCAAGUCCUUCGCCUACCUUCCGUUGGAUCCCGAUUCCAGCAGAAGGAAGGCCGUGAAUGGUUUCUCAGUUUGUAAUUAAUCAGACGGAAGCUCCACCCGCCAUCACAUAAUUCCCCCCCCCCGCCCCAUUUCCACUCCCGCCAGAGAAUAUUCCAUUCUCUUCCCAGUAGGUGGUCUGUACAGACUGAGACGAUCUUUCUGAGGCAAUAGGGUUGAGAUUUCCAACAAACAGGAAUCUCUACCCCCUCCAGAAGAGGAGGAUACAGCCAAAAAUAACAGGCAGCCACUCACAGGAACCUCAACUGUGAGGCUGUCCAGGUUCAAAGGAAAAACGACUAAGGAAAGAAUAUGUUAACACAAGAGAAGCAGUGAGGGAGAAGACCAGCACAUCUUUUGUUGUGAUUCCAGAUCCAAAUAUUCAAAUGCUUACAUACAGCAAAACAUGCAAUAACCUGCACUUCAGUUUCAAAUAUAAAUAUUGUCUGUGAUGGCUAAUGCUUGCUUCUCAAAUUAGGUGUUUGGAAAAUUCAUUUGAAAUUAGUUGAUAGAAUUAAUCAAUAGUCAACCAGUAGAUCCUUUAUAAAUUGGGAAGUAAGGUGACUUGUCAUUCAAUCAGGUAGGUGCAGUGCAAGGAUUUUUUGGAGUUGUGUUGUUUGAGAGGCCAAGAAUCAAUGUGUGACAUGAGCUUUCUGUAUCUCUGUUCUAGCUGUAGUCUACAUUUGCUUGUGAUCUCUACCACAUCUGUUACAAAUUUCCUUUAUUGUUUAGCAUUUUCAUGAAAUGCACAGAACAAUUAGACAAAUUCCCCUGAUGUUUUCUCCUGAGUCUUUUCAGAAAACUUUAGUUUUGUCAACUUGUGUUGAUACUCAAAGCUUUCAGAAAGUUUAUUUUUAAACUUUUUGUUCAAACUCUGAAGUGUACAGCCCCGACUUUGAAUCAAUUUGGAAAUGUCUACUCCCAGCACUGCUGUGGGUGAGUUCACUGCGUGGGAUUAUGUCGUAUUUGUACUUAUGCUGGUUACUUCAGCACUCAUUGGAAUCUAUCAGGCAAUUAAAGCUAGGGGCCAGUAUAGCAAUGUCCAGUAUUUGUUGGGAAACAGACAGCUGAGGGCAUUUCCUGUGGCUUUGUCCCUUGCAUCCAGCUUUAUGUCCGCAAUUACAGUGAUUGGGACGCCAGCAGAGGUUUAUCGCUUUGGGGCCAUGUUCUUGAUUUUCUGCUUUACCUACGCCAUCGUGAUCAUCGUCAGUGCUGAAUUCUUCCUGCCUGUAUUUUACAGACUGAAUAUCACCAGUACUUAUGAGUAUUUACGUAUGAGGUACAACAAAAUAGUUCGGUACAUUGGGACCUGUUUCUUCAUCACUCAAACUGUGCUGUACACUGGAAUUGUCAUUUAUGCUCCUGCACUAGCAUUGAAUCAGGUAACUGGAUUUGACCUUUGGGGUGUUCUUGUUGCAACUGGUCUUGUCUGCACCUUAUACUGCACUGUGGGUGGUCUGAAAGCUGUGGUGUGGACUGAUGUGUUCCAGAUAACGGUUAUGAUCAUUGGGUUUGUGACAGUGAUAAUCCGAGGUGCAGUAAUUCAUGGAGGUUUUGCACAGGUGCUGAAUAUUUCAUAUCAUGGCGGAAGACUCAACUUCUGGGACUUUGAUCCAAGCCCAAUAAGACGACACACCUUCUGGACGAUCGUGGUUGGUGGAACUUUUGUGUGGACAGCUAUUUAUGGCAUCAAUCAGUCUCAGGUUCAGCGGUACAUUGCUUGUAGAAGCCAGUUUGAGGCUAAGCUAUCUCUCUAUAUCAAUUUGGUUGGCCUGUGGAUAAUAGCCAUUUGUGCAGUAUUUACCGGUCUCACGAUGUACUCUAUUUAUCACCAAUGUGAUCCCCUGACUCAGAAAAAAGUCAGAGCGUCAGACCAGUUGCUCCCAUAUCUGGUGAUGGAUAUUAUGAAGGAUUAUCCUGGCGUUCCAGGACUGUUUGUGGCAGCCGCAUACAGUGGGACUUUGAGUACGGUUUCCUCUAGUGUCAAUGCAUUGGCUGCUGUCACAGUGGAGGAUAUCAUCAUCCCGUUCAUCAGUUUAUCAGAGCAGAAACUUGCUUGGAUCACAAAGGGACUCAGCUUCUUAUAUGGAAUCAUCUGCAUUGCAAUGGCUGCAUUGUCCUCUGUGAUGGGUGGCGUACUACAGGGUGCACUAGCUGGUCUUGGUGUCGGUUUCCUACUGACGAUGUGGAUAGGAAUUGGUGGGCAUGUCUAUCGGCCACUACCUACUCAAACUCGACCAUUACCCCUCAGCACAGCAGGAUGUCUUGAUAUCGGUAUUAACACAUCACAAGCAGCGAGAAUAGGCCCUUAUUUAACAACACACCAUGCACCUGACCUGACUUCCAGAUGUUGCCCCCUCGGGACCAACAGGAUGUGGUUGCCAAGGAGGAGCUGGAAGCAAUAGCUGACACAGAAAAAGUUACUCCCACAUUCACUGACCAGGAGCCCAUAUCCACUGCUGAAGAGCCCAUAUCCACUGCCGAUGAGCCCACAUCCACUGAACAUGUGCCUGAUUCUGAGUAACAGAAUCGGGAAUCCACAACAGUUAUAGUUAGCAUGUGGGCUUUCUUCGAUAAAAGUGCAGUAAACAAGUCAUCAGACUUUGGAGAUACCUAACACAGUGGCUUAAUGUCUGUGUAAAAUUGCCCUGUACAUUAUUCCAUCGAUCACUGGAUCAGAAAUAAUAUAAACCAGUUCUUAUCACCCCUCCCAGUACUUCUCUUUCCCAAACUGCAGUGUAAAUGGAUUAAUUUUUCCAUUGCAUUUCCAGUCAGAUCAAACGAGCAGAAACAGCUCUGAAGAUUUUUUACGGUUAUAACUUUAAACAUUUUAAUGUCUGUGUUUUUAAAACUUUUGAUGUUAUUUGCAUUACUUGGGUCAGUGUCAAUGUCUACUCCCAUAAACAACCCUCAUUCUUGUUCUCCACGUGGCUGUGACAAGAUCACAAAGUCAAACUGAGAACUUGUGACUGGAUUCCAAAUUACUGGCGUAUGAAUUGCAGCCACAUGCCAUACCUGUUUGGAGUGGAGGGAUUGAUCAUAGACUGCUGUUUGCAGAUCAGAGAAGGUUUCACAUUCUGAAGUGAACUAAAUCAGACUUGGCACAACUUUGUGCAGCUUCUAGCUCGUGUUCCAGCUAUUGCCAGCAGUACAUUAGCUUCAUUGGAGCAACUGCUAAGAAUGUUUCCCUGUGUAACAAAUUAAGGCCCAUGCUGCUCCCAUCUAAAUCCGAUGUGCUCCUCACUCACCGUGCUCUCCAUCCAGACUCACUGUGCUCCCAUCCCAGAUCUAUUAUGCUCCCAACCACACCCACCAUGCUCCCCACCCUUCCAAAUCUCCAUCCAGACCCCCCCUGCUCCCUCCUAGACCAUCCUCUUUCCUAUCUAGACCCACGCUGCUCCCUAUUCAUCCUGUUCCCCACUCAGACCCACCAGGCUCCCUACCCACCGUGUUCUCAACUCAGAGUG